AUGAAUUAUUUGCUAAUAUUUUGUGAUAUUGUUCCCAUCGAGGUGGCGCCUGGUCCGUCAUCACCUCAGCGAGACAUCGUCUUCCCUCCCAAGUUUUAUGUGGAGUACCUCAACGAUGCCCCUGGCCUUGCCGGCAACGACACGUCCAUCCUCCCCGCAGACCCCUACAGCCGCGCAGCCGCUCGCGUUUGGGCCGCCUAUGUGAAUGACAAGUUGUUCCCUUCGUGCACCGGCAUCCUCAAGACAGCGAAGCAGGAGGAGAGAGCCAGUAAGGUGGAGGAGACCCUGUCCGGGCUCCGACACUUGGAAGCUGCCUUGGCAGAGUGCUCUAAAGGGGAGGUGGAGGCGCCGUUCUUCAGUGGUUGCUCCAUCGGGUUCCUUGACAUCGCGCUCGGGUGCUAUCUUCCUUGGUUUGAGGCAGUAGGCCGCCUGGCCGGCUUGGAGCCGCUUAUCGACCCGGCGAGGGCGCCGAAACUAGCAGCAUGGGCGGAGCGGUUCAGGGUCGCCGAGCCGGUCAAGGCGCUGCUGCCUAGGGUGGACGAGCUGGAGGAGUACAUCGCUACGGUGCUUUAUCCAAAGUGGAACGUCGCGGUCACCGGUAACUAAUUAAAGAUCGUGUCGUUCCAUUACCGGCAGAGGAUCGUGUCAAUCCAAUAAUUCCUCCGCCUUGUGAGUUGUUGUUUUCACGCCAAGAGUUGAACUGUUGCUACUAGGUCCUUAGUGUCUCCUCGUCGUGGAUGGUGCGCAUGCGUGCACUCUCUUCGAUCUGAGUUGUUGACAUGUUGUUUCGUGAAUAAACUGAAGUUUCGUCCAUCUUGCAUCUUGUUUGUGUUAGCUCUUUUAUGACCUCGCAUAUUAAUUACCAGUAUAUGUUUUUCUUUCUGCGAAAAAAUUACCAGUAUAUGAAUCUUCCUCCAUCUUGCAUCUCAAUUACCAGUAUAUGUUCAACAACAAGAUUAUUCCCGAGCUCUUUUUUUUGAUAAAGGGCGCUUUUAUUAACUCAUAAUGUAGCAUCAAGUGGAUAUAAAGCAUAAUGAGCGACACCCGGCCUCUGUAUAGCUAAGAUGCACACAGACUUAACGAAGAGUCUAGCAAAGUAU